UAAAAUACUACUACUAAACUUAAUUAAAAACAAUGAUAAUCAUUGAGUAUUUCAAGAGGUGAACACUAUAUUACAAAGUAACCAAUGAAAAUAACAAAGAGUCGAGUCCAAACCAAAACCUUAGUCCAAAUUGGUUUCUACGACCCAGUGGAUAUAACAAUUUCAUAAAAUUCAUAGCCACCGGUUAAACCUGGACCCAAUACCGAACUCACACACAUAACUGAAACUCCAGUUCACCUCCUAUAGCCGGUUCCCUUCUCUCACACUCUCAGAAAUUUCCAAGCAAUUUCUCACCGUUUCGUUAUCUACAAAUCCACUAUAAAUACUUCACUCUUCAGCUUUGUAUUAUUCUCUUAACAUUCCAUUACUCUUAUCCUUUUACCCUCAUCAUCCUCCACUAUUUACAGUUUUGCCACUCUGACUUUAUGCUAGCUUCUUCCGGUGACUGGCGAUAACACGAGAGAGCCUUCGCCUUCUCCAAGCUUCAUACUCUUCCGACGAUAAAGAUUAGAAGACAUGAAGAACGGUAACCGGAAAACAACGCCGGAAACAGAGAAGUCUCACCGGAGAAAGUUAUCAGAGAAAGCGAUGUCGUUUCACGGCAGAGGAACAACGCCGUUAUCAAAUCCAGGCGAGCUUCGAAGACCGAAAACGUUACCGGAGUUAUUCUCCACCGGUCAAAGCAUCACCGUACCGGAGACGGUUUCACUUCCGCCACGUUUGACGAAACUUUUACUUAACGUGACGGUACAAGGAAGUUUAGGAGCCGUACAAAUUAUAAUCUCGCCGGAAUCCACCGUGAGUGAUUUAAUCGACGCCGCCGUUCGUCAGUACGUUAAAGAAGCUCGCCGGCCAUUUUUACCGGAAUCUGAACCGUCACGAUUUGAUCUUCAUUACUCGCAGUUUAGUCUUGAGAGUAUUGUAAGAGACGAGAAGUUGAUAUCGCUAGGGUCGAGAAACUUUUUCUUAUGUGGUCGGAAAGAGACCGGAGGGUUUAUCGGCUGUGGUUUAUCGUCGGAAUCUUGUUCUAAGGAAGCAGAGAAAGUGGCUAAAACUGGUUUUCAUUGGCUCAAAUUUAUGGGCUUCUAGAAGUUUUUAUCAUUUUGAAUUAUUGCUUUUUCAAAUUAGUUCCAUUCUUUAGAAAAAGGAUAUAAAAAACAUCUGUGUAUAUUAUUUCUAUGUAGAAAUGAAAAUCAUUAAUUAGUGGUGUAUAAUGUAUUUUAAUCAAUUAUAUACCAAGAUGAUUAUAUGAAGUUCUAAAGUUUACCAAUACUAUUUUGAUGAAAUUCUUAUUUUAUUAUAUAGUUG